AUGGAACAACCCCGGCCAGGAUACCUCGCGCCUGUGAGCAGCAGCCUCGACUCGCGCUCAUCCGCCUCGACCCCCGCCGACUCUUCGCCCUUCCUCAAUCCGGCGACCAAGGAGGUCUACAACACGUAUGCUGCGUCUUCGGCCGAGCCAGCGCGCCCCCUCCUUCGUCGCCCGUUGGUGUGGUUGGCUGCCGGUGCCACCAUCGCGGCCAUCGCCCUCGCCGUCGUGCUCCCGGUCUACUUUGUGGUCAUCAAGCCUCACGACUCAACCUCCUCAUCCUCUAGCGGCCCAAACAGCAGCAGUGACAACGGCGCGUCGGGAAACAACUCGAACCCUGACUCGAGCUCGAACCCGACUCGUGCGAUCACCACCGGGGGUGACGGAAGCACGGUGACGAAGGAGGACGGGACGACGUUCACGUAUGUGAACCCGUUCGGUGGCUACUGGGUUUCCGAUCCCAAGAAUCCUUUCAACAACUCAGCCAAGGCAAAUUCCUGGACGCCCGCGCUCAGCGAGACCUGGAAGUGGGGCGAGGACCGCAUCUGGGGUGUCAACCUCGGUGGUCUCUUCGUCCUCGAGCCGUUCAUCGUUCCUGCGCUAUACGAGCAGCACGUUGGCGCCGUUGAUGAGUGGACCCUCUCUCAACUCCUCGGGGAUUCGCUCAACGCGACACUUACCAACCACUACGAAACGUUCAUCACCGAAGAGGACAUCGCUCAAAUCGCCGGCGCCGGUCUCAACUGGAUUCGUCUCCCCAUUCCCUUCUGGGCGAUCGAGGCUUGGGAUAAUGUGGGCGCUGACCCCACUACCGGCCAAACAGUUGCGGAGCCGUUCCUCGCCAAGGUCUGCUGGCAAUACAUUCUUCGCGUCCUUGGCUGGGCCCGCAAAUACGGAAUCCGGGUUAACCUUGACCUUCACACUGCGCCCGGUUCGCAGAAUGGGUACAACCAUUCAGGCAAGAUCGGCGCAAUUAACUGGAUGAAGUCUGUUAUGGGCCUCGCCAACGCGGAGCGAACGCUCGACUACAUCCGUAUCAUCACCGAGUUUAUCUCCCAACCUGAGUGGCGCGAUGUUGUCCCGAUGUUCGGCAUGCUCAACGAACCAUAUCUGAACAAGGUUGGCACCCAGGAGGUUGAGACUUUCUACCUCAAAGCGUACGAAACCAUUCGUGGGAUUACAGGCACUGGUGCAGGCAACGGUCCCCUCAUUGCCAUGCACGAUGGUUUCGCGGGCACUUCUUCGUGGGCCGGGUUCCUUGCCGGUGCCGAUCGUCUCGCCCUCGAUACGCACCCCUACUUCGCGUUCAACGGUAACGCGAACCGUCAACCGGUGAACGUCUCCGCGACGGGCAACUCGGCCAUUAUGGGUGGUCAGUGGCCGCUCCAGGCUUGCAACGCUUGGGGCUCAGGCAUGAACACCUCUCGCUCUGCGUUUGGAAUCACCGUCGCGGGUGAGUUUUCGAACGCGUUCAACGACUGUGGCCUUUUCGUGCGCGGUAUCACCUCCACCGGUGCCGGCAAUCCCGCCAUGUACGGUGACGGCUGUGACUACUGGUCCAACACUGCGAACUGGUCGGACGCGGACAAGGCGGGCGUCAAGGCGUUCGCGCUCGCUUCGAUGGAUGCCCUCGGUGAUUACUUCUUCUGGACCUGGAAGAUCGGGAACUCGUCCGCCAGUGGCAACGUCGCUGCCCCACUUUGGUCGUACCAACUCGGCCUUCAACAGGGCUUCAUGCCCACGGACCCUCGUGAGGCCGUGGGCGUUUGCGGAUCCCUCAGCGGCGCGGACAGCAACCCGUUCGACGGCAACUAUGCUGCCGCUGCUACCGGCGGCUCCGGCGCUGGCACGAUCACCUACAACACCGCGUCACUGGCGUGGCCUCCGGCCCAGUUCACCGACGUCGCGGCGGCGGACAUGACCCGCAUUCCGCAGUAUACCCCCACGGGCACAGUCGCGACCCUCACCGCGCCCACGUUCUACCCGAGCGCGACGGUGAGCCUCGGGGACGGCUGGGCGGACGCGCAGGACACUGUUGGUGGGAUCACUCCCAUCUCAGGCUGUGCGUACCCCUUCGCGUGGGACGCCGAGUCAGCGACGAUCCCCGCGGCAGGGUGCACGCCCGCGCCGUGA